CUGACCGCAGUCCGUGCGAGGCGGCUAAUCUUCAGAUGGUCCCUUCCACCACCGCCAGCUGGGCAACAAUCCGGCGAUAUCAUAAGCUGCUCAUCCUCUCGAGCAUGGUGCUUUUGUGGACGACGAUCGCCAUCUCCGCCAUCUACCUCUUCCUCAGCACGUCGAGCGACCCCACCCGCAGCGGCUGGACGCCCGCCCGCGCAGCAGGCACGGGGCCGGUAUCGCUCGGCGAGGCGACAGGAGUCGCGGCGGCCGACCUAGCGCUGCCCUCGGCCACCUCGUCCUCCGAGAUCUCGAGAGAGGCGCGGCUGAUGGAGCUGCUCGAGUCGCUCGAUGGCGGCGGCGCAAGCCAGCUCUCCAGCAGCCAGCGAGAGGCGCUCGAGCGUCGCCUCUCCUCCGCGCUCCUCGCCCUCGAACGCGCGGACCACCCCUACGACGUCGCGACGCCGGACGGCCGCGGCGACGGCGCGGCCGAGGCGGGCGGCGAGGCUGGCGAGGGCGAGGAGGGCGACAUGUCUGUCGGUGGGCAGGGCGAGGGCGAGGGCGAGGGCGAGGCACGUCCUGCAGAAGGUCUUGGCAUGCCCGGCGCUGCUGAAGGCGAAGGAUAGCGACUGAAGAGCGGCCAGGAACCAGAUUGUGGAAAGUAGUGUCGGUAUGCGGUCGAGAGCACUGCGAGAGAGCGGGCGCAGGGACUCUUUCGGGCCGCCCUUGGGCGCCAAGCGUGUAUGGCGCUGCGCGUCUCGUGGGCGCCCCUGCGAAACAUGCUAAUGAAUGCAUUUCUAAAAAUGAAACGGACACUUUC